AUGGCCCCCGUCAGUUCAGCCAAGCGCCAAUUACCGGGCGCAUCCCAAAACGACUUUGAAGAUGAACUCGCCGGCGACGAACCCUCGUGGGAAUGGAUCUACAACACCAGCCCGACGGCCGAGAGGAGCGACGAGCCCCAGAGCGACCGAAAGCGCAGGAAAGUCACGGGGGACAAGAUUGUCGGGGCAAAGAUUGGCAGGUUCGAGUGUCGGAUCGGUGACAUCGUCAUGCUCAAGGCUGACGGGUCCAAUGAGGCCUGGGUCGCCUUGAUCUGCGAGUUUGUCGAGGAUGAUGGUGAGGGAGAGAAGGCGGCCAACUUUAUGUGGUUUUCCAGCGAAAAGGAGAUUCGGAAUAAGGAUAAGAAGCGGUCCGACUACUACUGGAACGAACUCUACAUCUCUCCAUCAUGGGAUAUAAACCCCCUGGCCUCGAUUAACGGCAAGGCCAAAGUUACAUCCCUCGACUCCUUCCUCUCCAAGUACCCCCAAGGCCGUAUUCCUCGAAACAACCCGGAGUAUGGCAAGACGUUUGUCUGCCGGCGAGGCUGCAAUACCCGAACGGCGACGUACACGGACGAGUUCAUCUGGGAGGAGGUUUACCGUGGCGAGGAUGACUUGUUCACCAUGAUGGACAUGAUCAAGAACGGCACCAAGGCCACUCGUCGUCGUAGAAAGGCGAGAAGUCCUUCCCCGGCGGAUACUACGUAUCACCCACCACAGACUCCAACCAAGACCGGACGAGGUUCGACAGUGGCUACGCCGACUUCUCGGAGAAGCCAAAUUGAACCCGGCUCCCGUACCAAGAGGAGUACAAGCAAGAGACUUGAAUUCACACCGCUGGCGACUCGCAGGCUGUCGCCAAGCCAAGUUGAGAACUCGCCAUUUCAAAUAGCUCGCUCACGUCUACACGUCUCCUCUGUUCCUACAAGCCUCCCCUGUCGAGAGGGAGAGUUCUCGCUUGUGUACUCUCACCUCGAAGCCGCCAUCUCAGACGGCACUGGUAACUGUAUCUACAUCUCGGGCACACCAGGAACAGGCAAGACGGCAACAGUACGCGAGGUCAUCUCUCGACUGGAGGAAGCUGUUGGCGCAGACGAGCUCGAUGACUUUAUCUUUGUCGAGAUCAAUGGCAUGAAGAUCACGGAUCCUCAUCAGUCAUAUACCCUUCUUUGGGAGGCCCUCAAGGGUCAGCGAGCCAGCCCAGCUCAGUCUCUGGACCUCUUGGAACGAGAGUUCAGCAACCCCAGUCCACGUCGUAUCCCUUGCGUGGUGCUUAUGGACGAGCUUGAUCAGCUGGUGACCAAGAACCAGGCUGUCAUGUACAACUUUUUCAACUGGCCAACCUUGCGACAUAGUCGUCUUAUUGUUCUUGCAGUUGCCAACACCAUGGAUCUGCCAGAGCGAACUCUGAGCAACAAGAUCAGCAGUCGUCUAGGUCUCACACGAAUCACAUUCCCCGGUUACAACCACGAACAACUCAUGAAGAUUAUUCAGUCACGAUUAGAAGGAGUCCCUGGAAACAUUGUAGACCCCGACGCCAUUCAAUUUGCUAGUCGCAAGGUUGCUGCAGUCAGCGGUGACGCCCGAAGAGCUCUCGAUAUCUGCCGUCGAGCAGUCGAGCUUGCUGAGGCAGAUGCCCCUGGCGAUCCCACUACCCCCAGCAAGCGAGAGCGAUUGGCAGAGUCCCAAGGCCAGCCAAGGGGCGUUGGGCGUGUCACUAUCGCCACUAUUAAAAAGGCCAUCAACGAGGCCACCACAAAUCCCGUCCAGCAACACCUUCGCAGUCUCCCACUCAUGUCCAAACUCCUCAUGGCCGCUCUUAUGAUGCGCAUCCGAAGAACAGGUCUCGCCGAGACGACGUUUGGCGAGACUCUGGAUGAGAUACACAGAGCAAGCCUCCGAGCUCCGUCUGCGCUCCCAGGCGUGGCGGCGGUUCUCAACAACGGCCUCAAGGGCACGCAGACAGGGGCUAUGCGCCCCAUGACCAGGCCUGGCCACAUCCACACGGCGGCGCUCGAGCUGGUAGCAGCUGGUCUGAUCAACCUCGAGGCGCAGCGCGCGGAGCGGUCGAGUAAGCUACGCCUGUCAAUUGCAGACGACGAAGUGAAGAUGGCCCUUCGCGAUGACGGGGAUCUGAAAGCAUUGGGUAUCGGCGUAUAA